AAGAAAUCUCCGGUACAGAGGCGAUACUCGGAAAGAGAAAGCAGCAGGCUGCUGCCAGCAGCUGAAGACGGAGACAUUUUUUUUUUCUUCUGGUGUUUGGAAGCUGAACUGGACUAAAGCCGGAGAGCUCCUCAUCCUCAAGGGUAUUGUGGACUAUGAAAAGGAAACCAAAUCUAGCUACAUGUCUGACUGGAAUGCGAUUUACACUCGUAUCAGAGGUUCCAUGGAAUCCGAUUUCUCUAAGAGACAGCUACAAGAUAAGAUUAACAAGAUGAAGAGGAGAUUUAAUCGGGCGAGAUCUAAUGGUAGAAAAAUCAUUUCUUUUACUGAUGAUGCUGAUGAUAAACAAAUCUUUGAAUUGUCGACGGUCAUAUGGGGUGGAAACAAUACCAAAACUGCUUCUUGUGAGAACUAUAUGGACCAAAGAAAGGAGGACGAUGUACCUUGUGGGGAGCAGCAUGUUCUGAUUGAUGAUGGUGAGAAAGACAAGUCUGAGGAUUUGAAUGUUCUGCAAGAGGCACUUGAGAUGGCUGCAUCGUUUAGGAGUUUAGGUAGCUAUCAACAGAGAUCGCUGCUUCGGAAUUUGAAAAACAUUGGAGAUACACAAAGGAAAGAGCUAACCGACGAGUGGAAGGCAUUGCUUGCUCAGGACAUGCAAUUGGGUAUCAAGAAACAAAGUUUCUAUGCAAAGCUUGUUAACACAGGAUUCUCUGCUUAACUUAACAACAAGGAAAACAAGUUCGGUCUGCUUUUGGAAUGUUAUUAUGAUGUUUUAGGUUAAUUUUUUCUAUGUUUCUGUUUAAGCCAAUCUCUUUGAACAGUUAAAUUAUAAAGAGCUUAUGACUUAUUUUUGGUAAGUGUAAAGGGUAAUGGUGUCUGCUAUUUGGGGGUGGAUCUGUGUGAGUGAGUAAAUCUCAUGUGCAUCUUGUGCUCAUAUAUAAUACACUCUUGUUUGAUGCAGUCACAUUUCAACAACUUCAUGUUGCAAUAUUUUGAAUAUAAUAUGGUCUAAUAUCGCCUGACUUGCUAGAGGAGACUUUGGAUUACAAUGAUC